AUGGCAGCUGAUCUGGAGGUGGUGAACUUGUUUAUCAUUGCAGGGGGAACACUGGCAAUUCCCAUCCUGGCUUUUGUUGCUUCUUUCCUCCUCUGGCCCUCUGCACUCAUUAAGGUGUAUUACUGGUACUGGAGGAGGACUCUGGGCCUGCAAGUGCGCUAUGCAGACUGUGGUGGUUAUCGCUUCUGUUACGCCUGCAGAGGAAAGCCUGGGAUGAGACCAUCUAUUCUAAUGCUGCAUGGCUUCUCUGCUCACAAAGACACAUGGCUCAGUGUUGUCAAGUAUUUACCAAAACAUCUGCACAUAGUGUGUGUGGACAUGCCUGGUCAUGAGGGAACAACCCGGACUAACACGGAGGAUUACUCCAUUCAGGGCCAGGUCAAAAGGAUCCAUCAGUUUGUGGAAACCAUUCGCUUAAACAGGAAACCUUUCCAUGUGGUUGGAACCUCUAUGGGGGGAAAUGUAGCCGGGGUUUACGCAGCCUGCUACCCAAAAGAGAUCUGCAGCAUGACUCUCAUUUGUCCAGACGGUAUAAGACACCCCUGCGAGACCAAAUUUGACAAUCAUCUGCAGGACCUGGAGCACAGCAAUUACACACUGAACAUCCCGCUGAUCCCGACUACCCCCGAGGAGAUGGAGGACAUGUUCAGACUUUGCUCUCAUGUCCGCUUUAAAAUCCCACAGCAGAUUCUUCAAGGUUUGGUAGAUGUUCGGCAGCCUCACAACACUUUUUACGAAGAAGUUUUUAUGGAGAUUGUUGGUGAACCAUCAAGAUAUGCCUUACAGGAGCACUUACAUCUGAUAACUGCACCUUUACAAGUAAUAUGGGGGAAAAAAGAUCAGGUGGUGGAUGUCUCUGGAGCAGCAGUCAUUGCAGAAGUGUUACCUGGAUGCAGAGUGGACCUGCUGGAGAACUGUGGACACUCUGUGGUGAUGGAGAGGCCUUGUCGGACAGCCAAACUCAUCCUAGAGUUCAUCAUCCUGCAACAAGACACCAGGGGUGGCACAAAGAAAUCCUACUAA